UGCGCCGCGAUCUCGCUGCGUCCUCGUUGGGUCGAUUUCACUCGGGCGCCAUCUCUCCCCGUGGGUGACGAAGUGACCACCAUCACAACCACCACCGGAGGACGAACCACCACCUCCAACUACCAUCACCACCACAACCCCCUCAAUUGACCGAUCUCUCACCGUUCUCUGCGCCAUUUUUUAUCUCUUUCCUAUUUCGCUGGACCCUUCUCAGGAACUGUGAGUGAACAAGCUUGUGUGUGUGUUUGCGUGGGCAAGUGCGUGGGUAUGCAGGUGUGGCGAUCGCAGCCAACCGCCGUCUGGAGGCGUGCAUGCGGUACAGCACCCGAUUGUCUCAGAAAGGUUUUUGGCUUGGUCCUGCACCGCGCACCCCCCCCCCCGCAGGAAGGACCAUCGCCCAUUCCUCUGCUGGACGGCUGCAGCCAACAAACACAUUGUUCAACGCGCGCCCUCGACGGCGGUUCGUCGCUGGUCGGCUUCGCUGGUCGCUGCACUUCUCGUUUGCCAUUGCUGUCGUCGCUUGCAUACCCUGCAGGCCGUUGCGUCCAGGCUCCGGACUCGCUGACACCGUCUAGAAACCAAUUUAGAAUCCAACUGUAUAACGUCACCGAUCGCAAGUCCCUCCUUUGUCCAACUUCUCAACGCUCCUUCGCUUCCCUUUGUACCGUCUACCGGGCCGUUCGCUUCUCCCCGAGAUAUCUCUCGUCUCUCCACCUGAGCGGCUACACCUGAUUCACCAUAUGAGCCCGAGUCCGGACCGGCUAGACAGCUAUUUCGUCAUCUUCUCACACCUCCGUGAAUAUCUCGAGUCCUGACAUUUGGAGUGGUGACCCCCUGGAUGAUGGGUGUUUCAAAUCCCACCGACACCAUGGAUCGCUUCGACUGCUCUGCCUUAUAUAUCGACCAUCGUGUACGAUC